AAAUUUUGGGAUGUAGUGGUUUUGACAGCAUUAGAUGCUGAACAACAAACAGCUUAUGAAUGUUUCAUUAAUGAAAAAAAAAUAAAUAAGGAAAUUCCUACUGGUGUUGAUUAUUAUGUCUUUCCAGAUCCAUUAGGACCAAAAAUAGGUUGUGGUGGGGCAACCAUGAAUGUCAUCUACCAUCUGAAUAAGAUUUACAAUGAAAAAUUAAACAAAUUGUUUAUACUAAUAAUUAAUGCUGGAGGAUUUAGUCAGAGAAUGCCGACAAUGGCUGCUCUUGGUAAAAUAUUUAUGUCUUUACCUUUUGGCUCUCCUGUCUGGCAAAUUUUUGAUUUGAAAUUGGCUUGCUAUUUACCAUUUUUACAGAAUAUGAAUCCAGGUUAUUUUCAAGCCUCUUCUGACACAAUAGAAGUUUUUAAUGAAGCCAUUCUUGAAAAUUGUGAAGUUUUACAAUAUAGUUUUAAAAAUGAAGGAUUAACUGCAUUAGCACACCCAUCUACUGUCAACAUUGGGGAAUCCCAUGGUGUCUUUGUUGUAGAUGACCCACAAGAAAUUAACAAUCAUUCCCUCAAUGAACUAUGUACAACUUUUAUAAAUUGCUCAGAGGUUCUGCAGAAACCAACUUUACAAAACAUGGAAGAUAAAAAAGCUAUUUUAAAAUUAAAAGAUGGAGAAGUAUUUGUUUAUACAGAUAGUUGCUUUUACUUUGAUCAAAAAUUUGCUAAAAAAUUACUAGAUUUUUAUGAGUUGGAAAAGCCUCUAACAUGUGAAAUAGAUGGCUAUGGCGAUUUCAUGCAAAGUCUUGGACCAAAUGCGUCAACUGAUUUCAUUAGUGAUGUUAGAAAUGUUUCUGUGACAACUGAAAGUUUAAGGCCUACCAGAUUAAAGUUAUUCAAUGCUUUAAAUGGAUCUAAUUUAAAUGUUAUUGCCUUCAACGAGUCAGAAUUUUAUCAUUUGGGAACAAUGAAUGAAUAUCUGGAGAACUUGAAUCCUUUUUGUAGUCUGGGCAAAAUCAUUGAAUGGAAACCAAUUACCUCAUCAUAUUUUGCUACUGACACGUCUAACAUUGCUGAUGACGCCACUGUUAUAGAAUGUUUGGCUACACAACAUCUUGCUGUAAAAAAUAGAGCUAUAAUAGAGUACUGUGAAUUCAACUGCCCAAUACAAAUUGGUCAAAAUUGUAUUGUUAGCAACUGUUAUUUAGGCAAAAAAUUAGAAGGAAUUCAGUUGAAUAUACCUCAAGAUUGCAUGAUUUGUACUCUCCCAAUAAAUGGAAAAAAUGGAAAUAUAGAAUACGUUACGUUAACUUUUAACAUAAACGAUGAUUUGAAAAAAGUUUAUCAAUCACCUGAAGAUGUUAAGUACUUUGGGAAACAUUUAGCUGAUUUGUUUACGUCACCCUUAGAAUGUGAAUUUCAUAAUAAUAUAUAUAGUUUAUGGAAUUGUAAAUUAUUUUCAUGUGAGCCAGACAUGCAUCUGUCACUACUUUCUUCGUUUAGGUUAAUUGAAAAUAUAAGUUCGUCAGAAAACCAUUUAUUGUCCAUUGUUGAUAAAAAAUUAGCAAAAUAUUUUAGAUACUCUGCAUGUGAAGUGAUGGAAGCUAAAAACAUCUCAACUCUCAUAAUUUACAGGAAGGACUUAAGAAAAAAGAUAUCUAACUUUCAAUAA